CAUUGUCUACAGGUACACCUUCACCAACAUUUUCAACUGGCAUUACUGCACUGCUGACUAAAACUACUUCAGUCAAAACUCCCUCCAUUAUGACAGACAUAUCUACAGCUCCAACAUCAAAAGCAUCUAAAACUCCAUCAAUGACAUCUCUAAAUGCCACAACAUUGAGAACAAACACAUUUAUGCCUACAGCUGUAUGUAAUUGUCAUUGGUCAGACUGGAACAACUUUGGUGGACUAACAACUGGUCCUGAAGGUGGAGACAUAGUACCUAUUGCAAGAAUAAUUGACACUUAUCAUCCCAUUUGCCCAGUGCUAAAGGAAGUAGAAUGUCGUGCAAAACAUUAUCCUGGAGUUCCUCUUUCACGGCUGGGCCAGGUUGUGAAAUGUAAUAUGAAGGAUGGACUAGUUUGCUUAAACAAACACCAAGGUCUUGCACAGCAUUGCUAUGAUUUUGAGAUUAGAGUAUUUUGUUGUGAUGAAACCUGUGGUAACAUCACAACACAGUCUUCAAUUACAUCUGUUACCACAAUGACAUCAGCAGGUGUGCCUAUACCACCAAGUACAACAUCAAUGGUGGAAAGUUCCCCAACUGGUAAAAGCAUAUCCACAACUUUAACAACAAUCUCUACUGCUACACCUUCACUAUCAUUUUCACAUGGCAUGACUACCCUACAUACAAAAACUACUACAGUCAAGAACUCAUCCAAUACUACAAGCAUGACAACACAAUCCUUACUUACAACAGCUACAAGGAUGUCAUCAACAAGCAUGCACAUGCCACGAACUACAACAGCAAAAACAAAUAGUUCCUCCAUCAUUACAAGCCUAAAUAAAGCUCGAUCAACAACAAUUUAUACAGGCACGACUUUGCCAAAUAUUUCAAACAGCAUGCCAACAUCAUCAACUAUGACAUCAACAAGCCUUAUUUCCUCCUCAAGCAUAGUUGGAACUGCAGGAACAACUUCAUCAAAGUUUUCUGUUACACCUUCAGUUUCCUCAACCAUCAAGUUCACACGACAAGUUACAACACUAACAUUCCAGAAUACCCCCACUGGUAAAAGCAUAUCCACAAUCCCUACAAAAAUGUCUAUAGGUACACGGUCACCAUUGUUUUCAACUGUCAUUAAUACUCUAUCGACUAAAAUACCAACAGUCCAUAAUUCCUCCAAUACUACAAGUAUGACAACACAAUCUUUGACUACAACAGCUACAAAGAUGUCCCCAACAAGCAUGCAUAUACCACUAACUUCAACUUCAAGAGUACAUAGUUUCUCCACCACUAAAAGCAUAUCUACAGGUACAACAACAUUGUCUACAGGUACACCUUCACCAACAUUUUCAACUGGCAUUACUGCACUGCUGACUAAAACUACUUCAGUCAAAACUCCCUCCAUUAUGACAGACAUAUCUACAGCUCCAACAUCAAAAGCAUCUAAAACUCCAUCAAUGACAUCUCUAAAUGCCACAACAUUGAGAACAAACACAUUUAUGCCUACAGCUGUAUGUAAUUGUCAUUGGUCAGACUGGAACAACUUUGGUGGACUAACAACUGGUCCUGAAGGUGGAGACAUAGUAACUAUUGAAAGAAUAAUUGACACUUAUCAUCCCAUUUGCCCAGUGCUAAAGGAAGUAGAAUGUCGUGCAAAACAUUAUCCUGGAGUUCCUCUAUCACAGCUGGGCCAAGUUGUGAAAUGCAAUAUGAAGGAUGGACUAGUCUGCUUAAAUAAACACCAAGGUCUUGCACAGCAUUGCUAUGAUUAUGAGAUUAGAGUAUUUUGUUGUGAUGAAACCUGUGGUAACAUCACAACACAGUCUUCAAUUACAUCUGUUACCACAAUGACAUCAGCAGGUGUGCAUACACCACCAAGUACAACAUCAAUGGUGGAAAGUUCCCCCACUGGUAAAAGCAUAUCCACAACUUUAACAACAAUCUCUACUGCUACACCUUCACUAUCAUUUUCACAUGGCAUUACUACCCUACAGACAAAAACUACUACAGUCCAGAAUUCCUCCAAUACUACAAGCAUGAAAACACAAUCCUUACUUACAACAGCUACAAGGAUGUCAUCAACAAGCAUGCACAUACCACGAACUACAACAGCAAAAACAAAUAGUUCCUCCACCAUUACAAGCCUAAAUACAGCUCAAUCAACAACAAUUUAUACCGGUACGACUUUGCCAAAUAUUCCAACCAGCAUGCCAACAUCAUCAACUACGACAUCAAAAAGCCUUAUUUCCUCCUCAAGCAUUGUUGGAACUGCAGGAACAACUCCAUCAAAGUUUUCUGUUACACCUGCAGUUUCCUCAACAAUCAAGUUCACACAACAAGUUACAACACCAACAUUCAAGAAUACCCCCACUGGUAAAGGCAUUUCCACAAUCCCUACAAAAAUGUCUAUAGGUACUCUUUCACCAUUGUUUUCAACUGGCAUUAAUACUCUAUUGACUAAAAUACCAACAGUCCAGAAUUCCUCCAAUACUACAAGUAUGACAACACAAUCUUUGACUACAACAGCUACAAAGAUGUCCCCAACAAGCAUGCAUAUACCACUAACUUCAACUUCAAGAGUACAUAGUUUCUCCACCACUACAAGCAUAUCUACAGGUACAACAACAAAAAAUUAUACUGGUACAUUUUCACCUGGCAUGACUACACCACAAAUAAAAUCAACUACAGCCCAGAGUUCCAUCAAUACCCCAAGUACGAAAACACAAUCUUUGACUACAACAGCUACAAGGAUGUCCCCAACAAGCAUGCAUAUACCACUAACUACAACUUCAAGUGUAAAUAGUUCCUCCACCAUUACAAUUAUAUCCAAAGGUCCAUCAGCAACAAUUUCUGCUAGUGCGGGUUUGCCAACUAUUUCAUCCAGCAUGCCUUCAGCAUCAACUACCUCAUCAACAAGCAUAACUUCCUCCACAAGUAAAAUCUUAUCAAUAACUACAGUAACAGCUUCAACAAAGACGAAUGCUACAACUUCAGUUUCUUCAACAAGUGCCUUUUUACAGAAUAUCACAACACUAACAGUUCAGAGUACGCCAACUGGUAAAAACACACCUAAAAGUCCAACAACACGGUAUACAGGUACACCUUCACCAACAUUUUCAACUGGCAUUACUGCACCACUGACUAAAACAUCAACAGUCCAGAAUUCCUCCAUUAUUAAAAACAUAUCUACAACUCCAACAACAAAAACCUCUUCUAAAAUUCAAUCAACGACUUCUCUUACAUCCAUAACAUUAAGAAAAAGUACAUUUAAUCCUACCCAUGGAUGCAAUUGUCACUGGUCAGACUGGAAUGACUUUGGUGGACCAACAACAGGCCAUAAAGGUGGAGAAAUAGUAUCUAUUGAAAGAAUAAUUGGCACAUAUCACACCAUUUGCUCAGUGCUAAAGGAAGUAGAAUGCCGUGCAAAACAUUAUGCUGGAGUUCCUCUUUCACAGCUGGGACAGGUUGUGAAAUGUAAUAUGAAGGAUGGACUAGUUUGCUUAAAUAAACACCAAGGUCUUGCACAGCAAUGCUAUGACUAUGAGAUUAGAGUUUUCUGUUGUGAUGAAAUCUGUGGUAACAUCACAACACAGUCUUCAAAUGCAUCUGUUACCACAAUGUCAUCAGACAGACAUACACCACCAAGAACAACAUCAACAGUCGAAAGUCCCCUCACUGGUAAAAGCAUAUCCACAACUUUAACAACAAUCUCUACUGCUACAACUUCACUAUCAUUUUCACAUGACAUGACUACACCACAGACAAAAACUACUACAGUCCAGAAUUUCUCCAAUGCUACAAGCAUGAAAACACAAUCCUUCCUUACAACAGCUACAAGGAUGUCAUCAACAAGCAUGCAAAUACCACUAACUUCAACUUCAAGAGUACAUAGUUCCUCCACCAUUACAAACAUAUCUACAGGUCCAUCAAAAAUUAUUUCUAAAGGUACCGCUUUGCCAAAUAUUUUAACCAGCAUGCCAACAGCAUCAACUAUAACAUCAACAAGCCUUAUUUCCUCCACAAACAUAGUUGGAACUGCAGCAACAAAUUCAUCAAAAUUUUCUUAUUCACCUUCACUUCCCUCAACCAUCAGGGUCACACAACAAGUUACAACACCAAAAGUCCAGAAUUCCCCAACUGGUAAAAGCAUAUCCACAAUCCCAACAAAAAUGUCUAUUGGUACUCUUUCACCAUUGUUUUCAACUGGCAUGAAUACUCUAUCGACUAAAAUACCAACAGUCCAGAAUUCCUCCAAUACUACAAAAAUGACAACACAAUCUUUGACUACAACAGCUACAAGGAUGUCCCCAACAAGCAUGCAUAUACCACUAACUUCAACUUCAAGAGUACAUAGUUCCUCCAACAUUACAAGCAUAUCUACAAGUACAACAACAAUUUAUACUGGUACAUCCUCAACAUCAUUUUUACCUGGCAAGACUACAUCACAGAAAAAUUCAACUACAGUCCAGAAUUCCUCCAUUACUACAAGUAUGACAACACAAUCUUUGACUUCAAUGACUACAAGGAUGUCAUCAACAAGCAGGCAUAUACCACAAACUACAACAGCAAAAAUAAAUAGUUCCUUCACCAUUACAAGCCUGAACACAGGUCCAUCAACAACUAUUUCUACUGGUACGGUUUUGCCAAAUAUUUUAACCAGCAUGCCAACAGCUUCAACUCUGACAUCAACAAGCCAUAUUUCCUCUUCAAGCAUAGUUGGAACUGCAGCAACAACUUCAUCAAAGUUUUCUGUUAAACCUUCAGUUUCCUCAACUAUCAUGUUCACACGACAAGUUACAACACCAACAGUCCAGAAUUCCCCCACUGGUAAAAGCAUAUCCACAAUCCCUACAAAAAUGUCUAUUGGUACCUUUUCACCAUUGUUUUCAACUGGCAUGAAUACUCUAUCGACUAAAAUACCAACAUUCCAAAAUUCCUCCAAUACUACAAGUAUGACAACACAAUCUUUGACUACAACAGCUACAAGGAUGUCCUCAACAAGCAUGCAUAUAACUUCAACUUCAAGAGUACAUAGUUCCUCCAACAUUACAAGCAUAUCUACAAGUACAACAAUUUUUACUGGUAGAUCUUCACCAUCAUUUUCACCUGGCAAGACUACACCACAGAAAAACUCAACUGCAGUCCAGAAUUCCUCCAUUACUACAAGUAUGACAACACAAUCUUUGACUUCAAUGGCUACAAGGAUGUCAUCAACAAGCGGGCAUAAACCAUCAACUACAACAGCAAAAAUAAAUAGUUCCUCCACCAUUACAAGCCUAAACACAGGUCCAUCCAAAAAAAUUUCUACUGGUACGACUUUGCCAAAUACUUCAACCAGCAUGCCAACAGCAUCAACUCUGACAUCAACAAGCCUUAUUUCCUCCUCAAGCAUAGUUGGAACUGCAGCAACAACUUCAUCAAAGUUUUCUGUUACACCUUCAGUUUCCUCAACUAUCAUGUUCACACGACAAGUUACAACACCAACAGUCCAGAAUUCCCCAACUGGUAAAGGCAUAUCCACAGUCCCAACAAAAAUGUCUAUUGGUACACGUUCACCAUUGUUUUCAACUGGCAUGAAUACUCUAUCGACUAAAAUACCAACAUUCCAGAAUUCCACCAAUACUACAAGUAUGACAACACAAUCUUUGACUACAACAGCUACAAGGAUGUCCUCAACAAGCAUUCAUAUACCACUAACUUCAAGUUCAAAAGUACAUAGUUCCUCCAACAUUACAAGCAUAUCUACAAGUACAACAACAAUUUUUGCUGGUAGAUCUUCACCAUCGUCUUCACCUGGCAUGACUACACCACAGAAAAAAUCAACUACAGUCCAGAAUUCCUCCAUUACUACAAGUAUGACAACAAAAUCUUUGACUUCAACGGCUACAAGGAUGUCAUCAACAAGCGGGCAUAUAUCACCAACUACAACAGCAACAAUAAAUAGUUCCUCCACCAUUACAAGCCUAAACACAGGUCCAUCCAAAACAAUUUCUACUGGUACGACUUUGACAAAUAUUUCAACCAGCAUGCAUACAGCAUCAACUCUGACAUCAACAAGCCGUAUUUCCUCCUCAAGCAUAGUUGGAUCUGCAGCAACAACUUCAUCAAAGUUUUCUGUUACACCUUCAGUUUCCUCAACUAUCAUGUUCACACGACAAGUUACAACACCAACAGUCCAGAAUUCCCCCACUGGUAAAAGCAUAUCCACAAUCCCUACAAAAAUGUCUAUUGGUACUUUUUCACCAUUGUUUUCAACUGGCAUGAAUACUCUAUCGAUGAAAAUACCAACAGUACAGAAUUCCUCCAAUACUACAAGUAUGACAACACAAUCGUUGACUACAACAGCUACAAGGAUGUCCUUAACAAGCAUGCAUAUACCACUAACUUCAACUUCAAAAGUACAUAGUUCCUCCAACAUUACAAGCAUAUCUACAAGUACAACAUCAAUUUUUACUGGUAGAUCUUCACCAUCAUUUUCACCUGGCAUGACUACACCACAGAAAAAAUCAUCUACAGUCCAGAAUUCCUCCAUUACUACAAGUAUGACAUCAAAAUCUUUGACUUCAACGGCUACAAGGAUGUCAUUAACAAGCGGGCAAAUAUCACCAACUACAACAGCAACAAUAAAUAGUUCCUCCACCAUUACAAUCCUAAACACAGGUCCAUCAAAAACAAUUUCUACUGGUACGACUUUGACAAAUAUUUCAACCAGCAUGCAUACAGCAUCAACUCUGACAUCAACAAGCCGUAUUUCCUCCUCAAGCAUAGUUGGAUCUGCAGCAACAACUUCAUCAAAGUUUUCUGUUACACCUGCAGUUUCCUCAACCAUCAUGUUCACACGACAAGUUACAACACCAACAUUCCAGAAUACCCCCACUAGUAAAAGCGUAUCCACAAUCCCUACAAAAAUUUCUAUUGCUACACGUUCACCAUUGUUUUCAACUGGCAUGAAUACUCUAUCGACUAAAAUACCAACAUUCCAAAAUUCCUCCAAUACUACAAGUUUGACAACACAAUUCUUGACUACAACAGCUACAAAGAUGUCCUCAACAAACAUGCAUGUACCACUAACUUCAACUUCAAGAGUGCAUAGUUCCUUCACCAUUACAAGCAUAUAUACAGGUGCAACAACAACAAUUUCUACUGGUACGCCUUUGCCAAAUACUUCAACCAGCAUGCCAACAGCAUCAACUCUGACAUCAACAAGCCUUAUUUCCUCCUCAAGCAUAGUUGGAACUGCAGCAACAACUUCAUCAAAGUUUUCUGUUACACCUUCAGUUUCCUCAACUAUCAUGUUCACACGACAAGUUACAACACCAACAGUCCAGAAUUCCCCAACUGGUAAAGGCAUAUCCACAAUCCCAACAAAAAUGUCUAUUGGUACACGUUCACCAUUGUUUUCAACCGGCAUGAAUACUCUAUCGACUAAAAUACCAACAGUCCAGAAUUCCACCAAUACUACAAGUAUGACAACACAAUCUUUGACUACAACAGCUACAAAGAUGUCCUCAACAAGCAUGCAUAUACCACUAACUUCAACUUCAAGAGAACAUAGUUCCUCCAACAUUACAAGCAUAUCUACAAGUACAACAAUUUUUACUGGUUUAUCUUCACCAUUAUUUUCACCUGGCAAGACUGCACCACAGAAAAACUCAACUACAGUCCAGAAUUCCUCCAUUACUACAAGUAUGACAACACAAUCUUUGAAUUCAAUGGCUACAAGUAUGUCAUCAACAAGCGGGCAUAAACCAUUAACUACAACAGCAAAAAUAAAUAGUUCCUCCACUAUUACAAGCCUAAACACAGGUCCAUCCAAAACAAUUUCUACUGGUACGGUUUUGCCAAAUAUUUUAACCAGCAUGCCAACAGCAUCAACUCUGACAUCAACAGGCCGUAUUUCCUCCUCAAGCAUAGUUGGAACUGCAGCAAUAACUUCAUCAAAGUUUUCUGUUACACCUGCAGUUUCCUCAACGGUCAUGCUCACACAACAAGUUACAACACCAACAGUCCAGAAUUCCCCAACUGGUAAAAGCAUAUCCACAAUCCCUACAAAAAUGUCAAUUGGUACUUUUUCACCAUUGUUUUCAACUGGCAUAAAUACUCUAUCGACGAAAAUACCAACAGUACAGAAUUCCUCCAAUACUACAUGUAUGACAACACAAUCUUUGACUACAACAGCUACAAGGAUGUCCUCAACAAGCAUGCAUAUACCACUAACUUCAACUUCAAAAGUACAUAGUUCCUCCAACAUUACAAGCAUAUCUACAAGUACAACAACAAUUUUUGCUGGUAGAUCUUCACCAUCAUUUUCACCUGGCAUGACUACACCACAGAAAAAAUCAACUACAGUCCAGAAUUCCUCCAUUACUACAGGUAUGACAUCAAAAUCUUUGACUUCAAUGACUACAAGGAUGUCAUCAACAAGCGGGCAUAUGUCACCAACUACAACAGCAACAAUAAAUAGUUCCUCCACCAUUACAAGCCUAAACACAGGUCCAUCCAAAACAAUUUCUACUGGUACGACUUUGCCAAAUAUUUCAACCAGCAUGCAUACAGCAUCAACUCUGACAUCAACAAGCCGUAUUUCCUCCUCAAGCAUAGUUGGAUCUGCAGCAACAACUUCAUCAAAGUUUUCUGUUACACCUGCAGUUUCCUCAACCAUCAUGUUCACACGACAAGUUACAACACCAACAUUCCAGAAUACCCCCACUAGUAAAAGCGUAUCCACAAUCCCUACAAAAAUUUCUAUUGCUACACGUUCACCAUUGUUUUCAACUGGCAUGAAUACUCUAUCGACUAAAAUACCAACAUUCCAAAAUUCCUCCAAUACUACAAGUUUGACAACACAAUUCUUGACUACAACAGCUACAAAGAUGUCCUCAACAAACAUGCAUGUACCACUAACUUCAACUUCAAGAGUGCAUAGUUCCUUCACCAUUACAAGCAUAUAUACAGGUGCAACAACAACAAUUUCUACUGGUACGCCUUUGCCAAAUACUUCAACCAGCAUGCCAACAGCAUCAACUCUGACAUCAACAAGCCUUAUUUCCUCCUCAAGCAUAGUUGGAACUGCAGCAACAACUUCAUCAAAGUUUUCUGUUACACCUUCAGUUUCCUCAACUAUCAUGUUCACACGACAAGUUACAACACCAACAGUCCAGAAUUCCCCAACUGGUAAAGGCAUAUCCACAAUCCCAACAAAAAUGUCUAUUGGUACACGUUCACCAUUGUUUUCAACCGGCAUGAAUACUCUAUCGACUAAAAUACCAACAGUCCAGAAUUCCACCAAUACUACAAGUAUGACAACACAAUCUUUGACUACAACAGCUACAAAGAUGUCCUCAACAAGCAUGCAUAUACCACUAACUUCAACUUCAAGAGAACAUAGUUCCUCCAACAUUACAAGCAUAUCUACAAGUACAACAAUUUUUACUGGUUUAUCUUCACCAUUAUUUUCACCUGGCAAGACUGCACCACAGAAAAACUCAACUACAAUCUUCACCAUCAUUUUCACCUGGCAUGACUACACCACAGAAAAAAUCAACUACAGUCCAGAAUUCCUCCAUUACUACAGGUAUGACAUCAAAAUCUUUGACUUCAAUGACUACAAGGAUGUCAUCAACAAGCGGGCAUAUGUCACCAACUACAACAGCAACAAUAAAUAG